AUGCGCUACACUCUGAUCAACGGCCUCCUUCUCCUGGCCGUCUCGCCUUUCACUGCUCUCGCCCUCCCGGUCGACCCCAACCCCAAUGACCAGGGUGGUGUUUGGGACCCCAGUGGUCAAUAUCGCAAGGGCCACUACGAUGGCCAAGGAAACUUUAUUGCAAACAAUGGCGGUCAGACUGGCUACGAGAACGGUUACCAGAACGAGCAGUGGCGCAAUGGCCAAUACAACCAGAACGGCCAAUACAACCAGAACAACCAGUACAACCAGAACGGUCAAUACAAUCGGGAUGGUCGCAAUAACGAGGCCGGCCGCUGGCAGCGACGCUGGAUUCCUGGUCAGGAUAUUUCUGACGCUGCUGGUCUUCGCAACCACGGCACCCACUUCGGCACCCCUGGUGUUGGUAUUCCUGGCACUGGCAUUCACGCCCGCACCUGGCCCAAUGAUAACAAUAACAACGAUGGCGGUUGGACAGAUGCAAAUGGUCAAUGGCACGCCAACAACCAGCAAGGUGGUUGGACUGACGCCAAUGGUGUUUGGCAUGCUACCAACCAGCAAGGUGGCUGGACCGAUGCCAACGGACAGUGGCACGCAACCAACAACAACAACAACAACCAGGAUGGUUGGACUGAUGCGAAUGGACAGUGGCACUCCAACAACCAACAGGGUGGUUGGACUGAUGCCAAUGGUGUUUGGCACAACAACCAGAAGCGUGGUUUCGAGCCAACUGCCACCACCAACCUGGCUGCCAAUCCCAACCUUCUGAACCAGGCCCAGGCCUCCAACCCUCUGAAUGCUGCCGCUGGUCACGGAAACCUCGCUGGUGUCGGUGCGGGUGCCAAUAAUGCUGCUGGACUUCCCCAUGUCCCUCGUCACUAUAACCCUGACUCCUACGACAAUGACCGCGACAAUGAUCGUUACGAGGACGGCUAUGAGGAUGGUCGCUACAACAAUGCCGAAGAUCGCCGUGUUGCUGAGAAUGUCGCUUCAAACAUCCUGUCUCGUCGUAUCUGGCCCUUCACCAGCUGGAACAACAACAACGACAACAACAACAACUGGGACCGUGACUGCGACCGUAACGACUGGAACUGCCGCAACCGCAACGACAACAACAACAAUGACGACGGUAGCUACAACUACAAUACUGGAUCCGGUUAUGAUAAGUGCGAAAGCAACGACCGCUCUGACCGAUCUGGCUGGAGCUGCCGCAGUGAUUGGGACCGCAACAGCGCCACACCCACUCCCCGUGUCUGGUCUCGCAACUCUCCCAUCGACAACACCAACUACGACAACAAGAAGGUCAACCUCAACGCCAAAGAAAACACCGUCACCCCUACCACUGCUCCGCCAGUAAACACCGACUACAAGAAUGUUGAGAACAAGGGACAUGAGAACAACGACCACCACCAGGACAAGGACCUUACUACUUCCAUCAACAAGGAGUAA